UCGCUCCUGCGCUCCCCCCAGCUCAGGAUCAGGACGUAGCGAUCCAUGGCCAGGCCAGACCGGAGCCUCCGCCGCUCCAAACGGCCCGCGCUGCCGCCCUUGCACCGCCCCUCGCAGGGCAGCGCUUCCGCUUCCCGCCCGUGCUGCUGCCGCGGGGCUCCGCUUCCUCUCCCCUCAGCCGCGGCGGGCGGGCCGCCAUGUCCAGCUACAGCAAGGCAGCCCAGCAAUGGGCUACUUUUGCCAGAGCCUGGUAUCUCCUUGAUGCAAAGAUGCAGCCACCAGGAAAAAUAGCAGUUGCGGCUGCAAUGAGACUUGAAGGGAGGCAUAAACCUAUAUAUCAUGCACUAAGUGACUGUGGAGAUCAUGUUGUCAUAAUAAAUACAAGACAUAUUGCUUUCUCUGGUAACAAAUGGGAACAGAAAGUAUAUUCUUCACAUACAGGCUAUCCUGGUGGUUUCAAACAAGUUACAGCAACUCAGCUCCACUUGAAGGAUCCAACUGCUAUUGUUAAACUGACUGUUUAUAGAACGCUUCCAAAAAACCUUCUGAGAAGAACUAUGAUGCAGAGGCUGCACCUUUUCCCAGAAGAUGUUAUUCCAGAAGACAUACAGAAGAAUCUUCUACAAGAGAUUCCUCAGCCACGUGCAAUUCCCAAGAGGUUAGAUGAAUAUACACCAGAAGAAAUUGCUGCCUUUCCAAGAGUUUGGACUCCACCUAAAGAUUUUCGAAGGAAGUAAUAAGAAUAGAAGAAGAACUUCCAUCAGGAAUGUCUCUCCUCCUUGAAAAUAAAUUCUAACAGGGAAGCAUUGGAGCAUCUCAGUCAACCCUUUUAUACAGAAUGUUUCAGACAGGUGUUAGCAAACUUUAUUUGGAAAUAUUAUAAAAAUUACUGUAGUUGAAACAGCUAAGAAUGAAUAUUACAUUGUUUAUGCCACCUGUACUCAAUGUUGUGUGAGUCGGUAUUUGUUAAUUACAUUUGUUUUAAUAUUAUUAUUAAAGAGUUGAUGCAAAUUAGUAUUUACAUCUAAUGGAAACAGAACCUCUUUUACUAAAUGAAGUAUCUCAGUCUAAAAGCUUGAAUUCCAGGAGGUAAGAGAAGUGAAUAAUUAUGCUCACAGAGCUCCAACCAGCAGCACCCAUUCAGUAAAUAAUCUGAUUUGCUUUUCUAGAAAAACAAGUCAGCCAUCAUCUUGUGGGUCGGUGAAUGAGAGAAUCCCAAUCUUUGUUCAGAAGAAGGGAUUUGUUCGGGUAGAGCUCAUACGGUCUUUGGGGGAUGUGAAAAAAAAACCAAAGCAGCUUGAGCUGUGUAUGAUUUCUGUAACUGCUUGUGGGGUUCUUCUGAAAGACUCUUCUGGAGUGCAGAGUGUGUGUAUCAAAUAUAAUUCAUGGUGAGAUUUGCUGAGUACAUGUCUGGGCAGGCCCACAGUUUCCUUAUCUUUUUAGGUGAAGAUACCCACUGAAUUACUGUGGUGAUGGUAAGAAAAACCAAACAUCUUCCAGAGCCAAAUGACAUUACAGAAACAGAGCUCUUCAGAGAGAGCAGAGAAAGAGCUCUUCAGUUCACAUACCAAAUCUGCCUGCAUGUGAGCUGUGGUCCUGUUACGAAGAAGGAGAAUAUUAUUUAAAAAUGCAUCUUUGGGGAGCAUGAAGGUGAUGAAAUUCCUGAUGCUCAUGUUUUCUGGCCCAUGAGAGUUUCUCUUUCCAUCUUCAGCCACCUUCUAGAAGAGUUCUUCUGCACAACAUGCCUGUCCUGCUGCUCAGCCUGAUCAUUGCGACCAAAAAAGUAUUUGGUCCCAGGCUGUAAUUUUUCAUCCUGAAGCUUUGGCCAUCUUUGAUCUGGAAUGCCAUACCACGUGUUCAUAGCACCAAAAAUGAAGCCAAGGAGAAAUUGGUUUAUGCUUAGAGGGCUUCUUUGCUACAGGGAGAAAGACUGCAGUAUUUCACAGAGCUUGAUUUUCUUGGAUGCUGCAAGAGUUGCAAUUCAGUUCCAACAGAACAUAGUGCUGGAAUGCUGCAGAGCAGCAAGGACAGCAUGAAUUUCAGAAGAGAUACUGUUGGCUAGAUUGAACCAAAAGGCAAACUAUGUUGGUGGGUAAUGUGGACCUCCAGGAAAUGCAUACUGAACAUAGGCAAGUAACAGAGUGAGAACUACUUUUUAAAAUAAAAUGGUUUUCAGACUUGUUGGUCUGCUCUG